CGACACAGAUUAAUAUUCGUGUUUGUGACUUGGGUCGUGUUUGCGCUUCGACAGUGAUUGAACCAAAUACUCCCUAUUUAAAAAUUCUUCGUUACUUAUCACAUUUCUAAACCAUCAAUACAACUUCAAAAUGAGUUCUCGAUGCCGUCAGAACUAUCAUGAAACCAGCGAAGCUGAAGUGAACAAGCAAAUCAACUUGGAGUUGUCUGCUAGCUACGCUUAUUUGUCGAUGGCCUACCAUUUUGACAGGGAUGAUGUUGCAUUGGCUGGGUUUUAUAAAUUUUUCAAGAAAUCCGCAGAAGAAGAGCAAGAACAUGCUGAAAAGCUGAUGAAAUUUCAGAACACUCGCGGCGGUCGCAUUGUAUUGAAAGAUAUAAAGAAACCUGAUUUUGAUGACAUUACAUCACCAAUAGAGUCAAUGAAGAUUGCCUUGGACUUGGAGAAAAAAGUGAAUGAAGCAUUGUUUCAUUUACAUGAGGUUGCUGUUACCAACAAAGAUGAUGAAAUGGCUGAUUUUAUUGAAAGCAACUUUCUUCAUGAGCAAACUGAAGGCAUCAAGAAGUUGUCUGACUACAUUACCAAUCUUGAGCGUGUUGGUGAUGGACUUGGUGUGUAUCAAUUUGAUAAGCUUACUUUGGAUGGUGAUGACAACUAAAUACUUUUUCCUCCAUACAAUUUUUCAUAAUUAAUCUUGACCUUUUGGAACAUCAACCAUGUAAUCAUUUUUGCAAGUUAAUAAAAAGUUUCAUAUAA